AUGCCACGUCAACGUGCUGGAAGGGUGGAUUGGAAAUCGGUUGAUGGAGCUUUUGACAAACGAAGAAGACCGCAUUUGCAACAAGACAAGAAUCACUUAUAUCGUUGUCCUGUAAAUGGAUGCGAACACCCUGGAUUUAGCAGUUGUCGCGGUUGCAGGAAGCAUGUUUACGAAAAGCACGCUUGGUAUAAAUAUUUCGAUAAAAAACCUAUUGUUAUUUCAAAUACUGUCAAUGAAAAAGGCAAUGUAAUCACAUCAAAAACCAAACAUACAAUUCCUUGUUGUUCUACGGAAAAUGACGUAUGUCGUUCCCUUUCGGUGUGGUUACAAAGUAUACGGCUGGGGGCGUCUGAAAAGCAAUCACAAAUUUCAGUGACAAGGGCUCUCAAGUUUAUAACAUUUUGUUGUUCUGAAACGGGCGAGGACGAAUUGAAUGCGACUUCCUCUUUAGAAAUUAUAGAUUAUUUUCUUGGUUCUUCGAAGUUGUUAACGGGUUUCCUUGAUUAUCUUCAGGGUACUUAG